CGUAUCGUAAAACAAACGGUCCAACCCGUUUUGUCCUCCGGAACCAGCAACGGUGUCUAGUGAAAAUAUCAUCGACCCCCGGCAUUCGGAAGGAGUUCGAAUAAGGGAAUAGAAUAAAAGUGAACCAACGCCGACCGACGCCGGCGAGUCUCCAGCAAAACCCGGAACCGGAAGUGGAACCGGAGCCAGCGAUAUUUGCAGCUGAAAACUCGCCUUCAGCCCUCAGCCUCGGAUCCAAGCAGGCCAGCAAAAUGAGCAAAUUCUAUUCGAUUUUUAUGCAAAUUUGUGUGAUCGCCGCAUCGAUGCAGGCUGGGCUGAGCAUCAAAUGCUACAACUGCGACUCAACCAGCAACGAAGAAUGCCUGAACCUGAACACCAAGUCCGCCAUCGUCGCCGAGACCUGCACGCCGAGCAAAAUGGCGGCCACGACCGGUAACUGGCUGGCGGAUCUGACGCGCAUCGAAUACUUCGGUGGAACGGAAAUCACGGUCCCGAUGGUGUGCCAGAAGAUCGUCGCUUCAAACGAAAACGGUGACACAAUGACGUACCGAGGCUGCCAGCUGGACGGUGGCAAGACUGAUCCAUGCCAGAUCGCGUACGGCAAGGCGAAAUUGCAGCGUGGCGUCAUGAUCGAACACUGCUCGACCUGCAAGGACGACGGAUGUAACGGAGCCCCGAGGCUGAUGGGACGACCGACGCUUUGGCUGCUGACCGGAACCGCCCUCGCUCUGGCAGGACUCACCUCCCGGCGGCUGUUCCUGUAAAAUGAAUCCUUCACAGCGAAGCACCGAGUAUUAGGCGCAUCCACCAAACCUGUACAUACGAGAUUGAUUUGGAGACGAAAUCAACGGACACUUAUGCACGCGCGGAAUCUGCUAAUCCGGUCGCUACUGCGCCGGUUCCAAACAAGUAGCUUCACUUCAGCCAGUUUUGUCGGCACGGAGAUGAGUCACAGGAGUUGAGGCACAAACGAUUGGCUUAGCUCGUUCGAACGGUACGGUAUGGUGACAGAAAAUUGCCAUUAAUGAUAACAACCAUGAGUCACGAUGGGUAUUUGUGGAGUAACGCGAUGCUGGUGCUGAUGGGGUAGAUAAGGCUAAGAUCAUAACCGACGUAGCGACGUAGUUUCCAUUUAGAGGGAGUGAAAAACAAAAUCACUUUAAAAUAAAUCGUAGCCACACAAGAAAAUUCACUACGUCCGAUAGUUACUCAUUAGCGAGAUAGGCACGUAAGCUAAGACAUUCAGAAACGAUUCAAAGCAAAUUCGAGCACAUAAUUUAUAACGAUUAAACCGAUUGAAAUACUCGAAGAUCAAAUUCACGCAUAUGCCUUCAUUGGAGAAAAAAAAAAACAAAUAAAACUUGUUGGGAAGCAUAAUUUAAGAUUGUCGUACGAUUGAACAUCUUCUAACCAUUUGAUAUUGAUAACUACAUAAUGCACUAAAAAUCUAGUACGUAAAUCUAGUUCACGCAAUUUGCUGGAAAAGUAUAUAUUUUUAGUAAUUUUUGUUUGCUAAAAUCGAGCGAUCACUAGCUUUUCGGAAGAUUCAGGACAAAUCGCUUCGACCUGAUCCUACGUGAUCUCCCAACAGCGGGCGAAUUCGAAUCAGUGGAGUUGUAUCAGAAAAACAAAACCUGUCUAGGAGAACGUCGACUCUCUGCAGGUCCGAAUGUUGUUGGCACAAUAAAUGUUAGACUCAUUUAUAUGAGACAUAGCCCUACCUUAAAGGGAUUCGACCGUGAGACGCAGUUUGAAAAGUUAGCAGAAUUGUUUCACCAUCGGCAGCGCACAAUGAUAAUAAUUAUUAUAAAAAAACACUGACGUAAUGGCAACGGUAACAUUAAUAACAACUAUAGCAAACGCAAUAUUUGCAGCGUAAUAGCACCAGCACGAACCAUCAAAAUAAUGUACCCUCUCCUGAGGGCGUAUGUGGCGCCUUUUACAAUUGAAAGCGCACUAGAUGAUAAGCAUAAAAAAACUCAUCAGCACGAACGGCAAAAAGGCUUUACUCAUGGGCAUGUUUUCUCAUUGUUCCCCUUAAUUAGGAGUGGCUUAAAGCUGUGCAGCUAGAGCGAUAUUUACGCUUGACUCCAUGAUAAAAAACACACACACAACAGCUUAAGAACAUCGUUUUCUAGCCGAACGCAUUGAAUGAUAUAUUGGAGAAAUUUGAAUGUAUAUAAACAAGUUUUCGUAAUUGUUAAAAAAAGGUACUGAUUUUAUAUUGAUUUAUUUCUAUCGCUUUUUCAUUUGCGAUAGAGCAGGCAAUGCAGCUUCCAGCAUAUAUGUGACGGUUGAGAUUUUUUUAAACUAAAAGUAUUUAUAAAGCUGGCGUGAAAUACGCACUCGAUACUAGCGUGAAACCCACAGUAAGAUCCCACUAAAACCCCGUAAGCUGCAAUGCACUGGUGCACGAAUAGAGAGAAAGGCAUAGAAAAUAAAAACAACCAAAUAACACCGACACGAUUCAGAAGGAAAUAAAUGACCG